AUGAUUAAGACGCGUACCAAACGACAAGUUCCAGUCUCACGAACAGUCCGCCUGCGACGGGAAGUAAAUCAUGAACGAGACUUAGGCGCUUACCAGAGACUUCGAGGUUUUCAAUCUCCAAUGCUGGGCAUGGACCAGGCACUCUCGUCUGAUAUGCGCUUGGCAGAGGAUUUGACGAACAACGUUGGAUUAGAAGAUAAUCCGGAUGAACUCCAUCAAGAUUCAAUCGAGAUUGACGGAGACCAGGACUCAGAUGAUGGAUGGGUACCUCUCGACAUCGAACCACCCGAUGAAUUUGAUUUAGCAAUCGAAUCCAACAUUGAACGACUCCGACAAGAAGCUGUGCAGAUGAACUGGAAGAACCUUUUGAAGGAUCUGCAUUCGGUUUACAUGGCUCAAAAAGUUAAGACCAAGAACUGGACCCACGACAACACUUACACUGAUUUUACCGCCUGCAACUGUAUCUCUGGCGCAAGACGAGCUAUUGAUCUUGUUGACAUACAUGGUCAACGACGUGCGAAGAUCAAAUUCUGCUCAUGUACCUCGGAUGCCGUACGAUUGAUCCAGAUGGGCUAUCUUCCCGGAUCACCAAUCAGACCAGUCACGGCCUUUUCGCUACCUCUGCUUAUCCUCCACAAUUGCCUGUGGAACAACUGUCAUAUUGGUGCCAUGCCGUUCACCAUGGCACUCAAGCAAUAUCUAGAACCGAGGUCACAGCGGUUGACCGUGCAAAAUGCCAAGCAUGCUCGCGAUUUGCGAAAACCUUUCUCAGCCGCCGUGGACCUCUAUCGAGAGCUCAAUGAUCGAACCGAGAAUUUGAUUUCGAGCGUCUUGCGCCUGGACGAACAGACAAUCAUGGCCUGUCGGAGUUGUCCCGCUUGUUUCGGACCUGCACCAGAAAAUCUACAAGAUUACACCCGUCUGAAAGAGAACAAGUUGAUAGUUUGCCUUGACGGCAACUUUCAACAUCGUCACCAUUCCAAGGCUAGCCGUGACUACGAUCGCAUACACACACCAAGCUUGUUCCUCCAACGACGCGAAGUGGACGAGAUGACUGCUAAGAUCCGAGAGAUUGAAUUGAGCAAAAAACCAAAAGAUAAGAAAGACAAAUGUACCGAAGCUCACAAAGCUGCCGAUGACAAGCGCAACGAGUCCUCAUGGAAAGGUUGCGAUGAUACCGGUCUGAUGGGCUGUUGUUGUCGCCACGAUGCUGCGAUAUACAUGGCAAACAUCCAUAAAUCUGGUGAACAAAGGUGUUAUCCAAUGGCGCUGGUCAACAAACUCCUGAAUAACGUGGAGUCGGAUCGACAUGUUGGGAUCCUAUACGACAUAGGCUGCUCACUCGAUAAGUACAUGGCCUUACGGGGAUUACUCGAUGAUAAAAGGACAAGGCUUCGGUUUGGAACCUCGGUUUUCCAUGCCUACGUUCACUCUUGGACGUGUCAGCUGGAUUACAACCCGCGAUUGAACGAAGGAUGGGGGUUAUCUGACGGGGAAGGACUUGAACGAAUGUGGUCCUUUUUAUCCCCACUGGUCAGUCCGUUAAGAUAUGCCACCCGAAAUCACCGACUCGCGGCAAUCUCGCACCGAUUGAAAUAUCAUAACACCCGAGGCAUUAAGCAACUUCCAACAUGGCUCAAAAAGAAGUUCAUAGCUGCUGUUCGCCGUCGGGUGGAGACCAAACAGGUUUUGUCAGAGCUUCUAGACAAACCCAAUCCGUUUUCGAGGACAGUUUACAAGGAGGAAGCUGCCCUUGAGGCUUUGAGGUCUCGCCUGCGCAAGAAUCCUAUGCGUUAUCUUCAUAGCGAACAGGAAGUGCAUGAACUUCUUGAUGAGUUAGAGGAAACCGCCGACAAUCUGAAGAAAGCCCAGGAGGAAUUAGGGCGCACCGAGCAACCUGAUCCAGAUGAAGCAGACGAGGAACAGAGGCUCCUGUUGCUUUUGUGGGAUGCGAAGUCGGAAUUAUUUGUCCAAGCUGUGCAAUUCUGGUCGGAAAAGCAGCCACUCACCGACUCCAGGACAAUCGGGCGCCGUUUGGGGACCAAACUCAGUCAAAAGAUUCAGCAAGCCAUCAAUAAUCGCAAAGGCCCGAUCAACAAAGUCAUCAAAAAUUACAACCGCUGCUUCGAGGCAUAUGUGUCGAAGUUCCCCAGACAGCGAGUGACGGAUGCUAAUAAUCACCCACUUGAUUACGACACGUUUGCGAGUAUGCCAAUCGACCAUAAGUUUUGGAAUGAUGGAAUCUAUUAUAACUCCAAAGCUCCCUGGGCAAUUGAACCAGAUGUUCGGACUGGAAUCACUUGCCUUCUGGUGCUUGGGAGGGUCGAUGAAGAACUAGAUUUGAUUACUCAAGAAGUCGAUCGAACUAUGCAAUGGGCGAUAUUCAUGUACAGCCAUCUGACUGAAUCUAUCAAGUACAUCAGAGCUCGUAAAAUAAAGUUGGGCGAUGGUGUUGAACUUGCUGAAGAUCACAUUGAUACUAUGGAGUUUGGUAACUUCGAUAGGGUACUUAAACUCAAAAUAAUCAACAAAGAACUGCAGGCCCGUUUGUUCGAUCUUGGUAUACUGAUACAAGAGUGGGAUGAACCGAUAUCAUGGCUGUGUGCUCGUUGUCGGCCGGAGCUACUUCGUUCAACGUUCACGAGAUGGACCAAUCUACUUAUGACGGUGGCAAACGAUCACAACACUCGCAGUCAAGAAUCAACGAGGAAGGAGCCGGAAGUUGUACUCAAUAAUUUGGAAGAGGAUGCUAUUUUGGGGGUACAUGUUGAUGAUGGCGAAGAGGUACAUGACGGAGAACAGCCCGCUGGAGAGACGGCGGGUGAUUGGGAGGAUGUAGACGAUGCUCACGAAUAA